CGUUUCCCGGGAGAAUCGCUAACAGAGGGAUGAGCCUGCUGCUAGCGCUGAGACACAACGACACACCAAAUAAGUCCCGAACCCUUAGCGGACUGCACACAGACUGUCCUGACACCCGGUUCUUCAGUGAUUCGUUUGCGCCUGGCUGGAUUUAAAGCCUGUUAAUGGUUAUAAGUAGUUGCCGUGGCUUUUUUUUUUGCAAUCCGCUAUAGCGCUUGGUGCUAACAAGCUAAACAGGCAGGUAAGUGGCGAGCUAACCUGCUGCUGAUCGCCGGUUCUCCGUUAAUCAGCGACCGAGCGACACUGUGAGCUGGCCUAGAGACAGCCGCGCUGUAGGAGAGGGUGUCUUCCUCGCUCCUGGCAGUCGGAGCUGCGGCGUUUCUCCUGCUCGGGAUUUACUGAAGUCCGACUGCACGCUGUCACACGGGAGACGAGCUGCGGGGCUGAAACAGCGCCAGUCCGUGCGGGCCGCCGCGGAGAUCAGCUCGCUGUCCCACUUCAGCCCGUAGCUUAGCGCUCGACAGUCCCUAGUUUAAUGGAAAGUCACCGUUGCAUUUCGGGAAAAAGGUACAGAGUCGACCAUCCGAGAGCGGACACACAGACUCGCUAAUCCCACUGAGCCGAGUGUGAAGCUGCAGCAGGACAUGAGCACCAUGUCUGAAGACAACAAUGCGGACAGGUUUAUUAAGGAGAGCUCCAUCUUGGACGAGUACAGUAUAAAUUGGACACAGAAGCUCGGUGCUGGAAUCAGUGGACCUGUAAGGGUGUGUGUGAAAAAGUCAACACAGGAACGUUUAGCUCUGAAGAUCCUGAUUGACAGACCUAAAGCACGCAAUGAGGUAAGACUUCAUAUGAUGUGUGCCUCACACCCCAACAUUGUACGCAUCUUGGAGGUUUAUGCCAACAGUGUGCAGUUUCCCCAUGAAUCCAGUCCACGAGCAAGAUUAUUAAUUGUUAUGGAGAUGAUGGAGGGAGGAGAGCUGUUCCACAGAAUCAGCCAGCACAGGCACUUUACAGAGAAGAUGGCCAGCCAAGUCACUAAACAGAUUGCCCAGGCUUUGGAACAUUGUCACUCACUUAACAUUGCACAUCGAGACCUAAAACCAGAGAACCUGCUGUUCAAGGAUAAUUCACUGGAUGCUCCUGUAAAGUUGUGCGAUUUUGGUUUUGCUAAAAUCGAUCAAGGUGAUUUGAUGACCCCACAAUUCACUCCUUACUAUGUAGCACCUCAGGUAUUGGAGGCACAAAGACGCCACCAGAAAGAAAAGUCUGGAAUAAUUCCUACCUCACCCACCCCUUACACAUAUAACAAGAGCUGUGACUUGUGGUCCUUGGGUGUUAUUAUCUAUGUGAUGCUGUGCGGUUAUCCUCCGUUUUAUUCCAAGCACCACAGCCGCACCAUCCCUAAAGACAUGCGCAAGAAGAUCAUGACAGGCAGCUUUGACUUUCCUGAAGAUGAGUGGAGCCAGAUAUCUGAAAUGGCGAAGGACAUUGUCCGCAAGCUGCUGAAGGUAAAGCCUGAAGAAAGGCUAACCAUUGAGGGGGUCUUGGCUCACCCCUGGCUUAAUUGCACUGAGGCCUUGGACAAUGUGCUUCCUUCUGCUCAGAUGAUGAUGGACAAGGCAGUGGUCGCUGGAAUCCAGCAAGCCCAUGCAGAACAACUGGCCAGCAUGAGAAUACAGGACCAUAACGUCAGCCUUAAGCCUCUCAGCUCUGUGAACAACCCCAUUCUGAGGAAGAGAAAGCUGCUAGGUACAAAGCCUAAUGAUGGCUUCUUCAUUAAUGACCCCGAAAAUGGAGCAGAAGACUCGAAUGUGGCUCUGGAAAAGCUACGGGAUGUUAUUGCACAGUGCAUCCUACCACAGGCUGGAGAAAAUGAGGACGAGAAGCUGAAUGAGGUGAUGUAUGAAGCGUGGCGUUUCAACAGAGACUGCAAGCUGCUCCGUGACGGCCUGCAAGGACUGAGCUGGGAUGGUAGGGCUUUCUCUGAUAAAGUGGAUCGCUUGAAAUUGGCAGAGAUUGUGAAACAGGCUAUUGAAGAAAAAACUAACUUGGAAGACUCCCAAUAGAAAGUGCUGCAUUUGUAUUUCCUUUUGUACUGUUUAUUAUAAUUGUUCUUAAGCAAAUAACUGUAAAGUGUAAUUUUAUGUAAAUUGAAGCGCCUAUUUUCCCCCUUCCAUGGACACACUCGCAAGCCUGUUGUACAGCUGUAGAUAACGCCAAGUUGUUGGUAUGAUUACUUUUUUCUACAGACGACAGUGAAGAAACAUUUCAAAAAGAUUAUUUUUGUUUUUGCAAGGAAAAAGUACCAACUGAGGCAGUAGCCCUUUGUAAUUCAUUUACGAGAUUUAUUUUUAUUUUUAUUUUUGUUUUAACAAUGCUUGCAAGUCUAUUUAUAAGAAAAAGAAAGCUGUUUUACCACAAAGCUUACAAAGGACAAAUUAACAUAUGGAGGCUUCUUAAAAAAGGUUGAGGUGCGGGUCUGGCCAGAAGUUAAAGAUGAAAUUGCUACUAAAUAUUAUUCCAUAUCACAUCAUAUCACAUAAUGCAACAACUGUGAAAUAUAGCAUCAAAUAUUAAUCCGUCGUAUUCUGCUCCCUGAAAAUUAUAGCUGUUAUUUAAAUUGGGAUGCUAGAUAAUUUUUCUCCUAUAUAUCCCAAAAUCUGUUACCAAGUUAAGCCAUGCUGGCAUAAUUUUUCUCAAAUCAACUUCAUUUUUCGCUUAACUCCAGUAAUUAUUCCCUUUAGUUCAGCUCAUACGAGGCUGUUUGGUGAAUUACGACUUAACAUUGCAGCCUUCCUCGGCUGUGUUUGUGAAAAGAAACAAAUAAAUGCUGUAUCUAUUUUGAUCUUCUUUGAUGAAAGUACAUUUGCAUGAGCAGUUUUUCUGGUUUUCCUAAAGCAUCAGGGUCAUAAAUCUUAAUUGGUAGUGUGUGUUCAUACAAAGCAAGCUUCUGAUCAUAACCUGAACAACUGUAUAACAUUUGACCUAUAUAGUUAUAAUGUGUAUAACGUUUGUGUCAGUCUUAAAGUCUUAGUAAUUUUACAGAAGAUGCCACAUGGUCCCUGGUUAGGUCUCAUCCCCAAGCCAGAACUGCACAUGCCCAGAUAACUCCCCCAUUGAAAGAUGUCUGUUAAAUUAUAAUUGUUGUGUGAUUUAGUGGGAUCUAGCAAAUGUGACUGUUUUUCAUAUGAUUUAGUGAAAAUAUACUAAAGGAUUUUUUUUCAUUCAAGAAUUAUAAACUGGGACCUAAUAAUACGUUCAGUGUCAUUAUAUGAAAGCCAGAUGUAAUAAGCUGUUCAUGAAGACUCUUUUUACAGUAUAUCUGAACAUUCUUAUAGACAACAUCAAAAAAUAUGUAAAGAAAUAUGUAACACAUGUUGUAUUAAUCGUUAGACUCUGAUGCUUUGAGAAAGCCAUUUGAGUUAUUAUUACCUAGGUGAUAUCACCUAAAUAUAUAGCUAAAAAUAACAUUUUUUUGUUGUAGCAACAAGUCCCCAAAUAACACUAAUCAUGAGAUUCAGCACUACCCUAUCUUAGGAAAAUACCAACAGAUUUUUUUUCUCUAUAACUAAUCCUCAUGUCAUAGAAUAUAUGUUAAGUCCUAACUUCAUUGUUAAAUACAUGCCUUCCUCCAGCUAUGGGCCCACAAACACAGUACAGUCUACCUUUAACAUUUUACAGUGUUAUUGUAAAAUGUUAUUUAAAUCACAGUAAACAGUUUUGUAGAAUCAUUAGUUGUUGAGUUGAACCCAAAGAUUUCACAUACCCUGUGGAUCUGCUGAUUGCUCUGUAAGAAAUGACUAAAUUAUUCUAAAAUGUAGCAAUGCACCUGGGGAAGCUUUCUGAAGACGAGUGAUCCUCUGUAUGUAGAACAAUCUGCUGAGCCAUAGUCAGUUUGCCUUAUGCCCAGCCCUUUGCAAACCAUGACGAAGCAAAUCAUAGCGCUAGAGGCCUUUUUUUUUUUUUUUUUUUUUUUUUAAAAA